AAAAUCGUACUUCCACCGAACAGAAGUCGAACGAAUUCCACAACAGGAUCGGGCCAUGGAGUGGUGAAAUGAGGUCCCUCCCCUCGUCUUAAGCCCCAGCCGGCGCUCGGUUGCCUGUAUUUGUUCAUCGGAUUUUAUUAGCUGCGAAAUUUUGUAUGUAUCAUCCGUACGAGUACUACAUUCCUUUCCAAGGUUUUCGAUUUGGAUCACUAUUUAGUUUGUUGUUUCUGAUCGUUCUCGAGACAGAGAGAACCAUUAUGCGCAUCAGAAAUUUUCAUUCUUCUGGCAAAUUCGAUCUGUAAGUUUCACACAUAUACAGAUAUAUAUACAUACACACCCACACACACACACACUGACGUGUACUAAUCAGACAGAGGUCUAUACGAAACCCUAGACUUGGAGGUGGUUAAGUCUAGGAGUAUUUAUUUUGUUUUGGAUCUGAUCUAGUCUAGUCUAGAGGGAGGGGUGCGAUGGCGGAUCAAGAGGAGGAGGAAUUGCGGAUGGCGAUGAGGAUGAGUAUGCAGCAGCACGAGUCGCCGGAGCCAAAAAGGAGCAAGCCGUGGGAGAACGCUGGAUGUCCUGCUGAAUCGCUGGAGGAAUCGCCUGAGGUUAAAAGCCGGAAGGUCCAGCGGGAGCUGAUGGCUGCCGCGGCAGAGAGGCGGAUGUUGGCCACCAGGGGAUCCGCGGCAGGUCAGGUGGCCGAGAAGAGUGUUGAGAAAAAUUUGGGUGAUAGGGCCGAGGAGCAGAAGGCGACUAGUUUGGGUGAUCCUGAGGUGGAAAAAAAUCUCAACUUGGGGGAACAACUUUCGCCGGAGGUGGCAAACCAGUUGUUUCUGAUGGUUUUUGGUAACCAAGUCACGAGGGACAUUCUAGCACAGUGGAGUAAUCAGGGUAUUAGGUUUAGCUCUGAUGGAGAAACAUCCAUGGGCCUAGUGCAGCAUGAAGGUGGGCCUUGUGGUGUAUUAGCAGCCAUACAAGCGAUUGUUCUCAAAUACAUUAUCUUUCUCCCAGAGGAAUUAGGUAAACCUACAAUUAAUAUGCCGCAUAACUUGGUUCCAAGGAGAUCAUGUAAAAGUGAAUAUGUUGCACCUGAUGAUCUUUUCGAUUCUCUUACUGAAGAUAGAAAGUCAAGAGCCUUGGUCAGCAGCAUGGUUGAAAUUUUGUUUCUUUGUGGAAGUAAUAAAAGGGCUGUAAUUGCAACUUUGAGUAUUCUCGACCUUACUACCGAUGGAACUGAAGACACUUUGAAGGAUGAAGGUUUUGCAAAAGCACUUCAAGAUCUCUCAAUUGAAUCAGGUUCUGACUUGCAGAAUGUUUUGAGAGUUGGCACGUACACUUCACAGGCUAGUGCAUUUCAGAGACUUGAAGCAAUGAUUCCAGUUUUCCGAAGCCGUAUGGGGGCAAUGCUAUUCCUUAUCUCUGCUUUACUUUCUCGAGGACUGGACUUCGUUCAAGCAGACAGAGAUGACCCCAGCCAAUCUUUGGUCACCGCUCCAUUUGGGCAUGCGUCACAGGAAAUAGUAAACCUACUACUUUGUGGGGAGGCUGUGGCCCAUGUGUUUGAUGGACGGAUGGAUUUAGGUGGUGGCAUGUUUCUGAAAGGGAUAUCCACUAAUGUGGAAGUUGGAUUCCUUACCCUACUCGAAUCUUUAAAUUUCUGCAAGGUUGGUCAGUAUCUUAAAUGCCCAAAAUGGCCAAUAUGGGUUAUUGGGAGCGAGUCUCAUUAUACAGUUCUAUUUGCUCUCAGUACAUCUGUUCAAGAUGAAAAUGAAUUUGAAGGGAGAGAAACACAGAUCCGAAGAGCAUUUGAUGCACAAGAUCAGAGUGGAGGCGGUGGCUUUAUUAGCGUAGAAGGGUUUCAUCAAGUUCUGAAGGAAACCUGUAUUAACCUUCCGCCUGAGAAGCUGGAUCACAUCUGCAGCUCAGGCUUCAUUGUGUGGAGUGAGUUCUGGCAAGUUUUAUUGGAUUUAGACAAGAGUUUGGGAGGCUUAAAAGACUCUACUGGAUUAAUGGGUAAGAAGGUUUUCGAUCUUUACCAUUUUAAUGGGAUUGCAAAGUCAGACUUAAAUGGCUGCCAAACAACCCCUGGGGGGGAGACUCCUCUACAAAGACCCAGGCUUACAAAAUUGAGGGUCUCGGUUCCCCCUAGGUGGACUCCUGAAGAAUUUUUGGCAGAUGUAAAGCUGCCUUCUGAUUCAAGCUCUAAAGAGACGGUUGCUGAAGUGGCGAAGCCUGAGCCUCCUCAGCAUGCGCCAUUGGUCGACUGCAUUAGAACACGCUGGGCCCGUGCCACUUGCAACUGGGUAGGAGAUCCCCCAAGUAUAGUCUAAGGUUGUGUUUGGUUCAAGAAUUUGUCGGGGAUUUAUGCAAGAAAAUGAAAUGAAGGAAAAAGAUACGAAAAUAGUGGAGAGAGUUACACAAGUUUUUGUUAAUUGGUUCCUGUCAAUUUCCUUACCCUUUGUAACUUCUUAAAUCUGCAAACUAAACACAGACGGAGAAGUGUUUUGAUCCUAUCUAGGAUCGCUCAGUAGGCUCUCGUCAGUGGAAUCAUGGAGGGCAAUGCAAAAAACUAGUUGAGGGCAUUUGGAUCUAUUGGUACACAGGCACACUAUUUUCAGCCCUAUCUUCUUGUCAUUGUUGACAUUCCAAUUUGAUUUUGAUGUUUUUUGGGCUAACUUGAUUUGAUUUUGAUUUGCCCAUUGCACAGUAGGUAAAGGUCUGUUGUUUUCGUAGCCAAUCUGUAGAAUUUAUUUACGGUUAUGCUUUUUGCUGUUGAUCAGGAAUUUUCUCAUAUGUUAUCCAACUAUUCUUUGUAUGGUUAUCGUUGAUUAGGAAACUUUUCUCAGCUAAUAAAGGACCUCACAACACUUGGUGAGGUUUCGACA